CCCACAAGGCUUUGCGGCAGCUCGAAGAUGCUAAGUAGCUGUAAUGCUAGCUGCUAUGCUAGUUGGCUGCUACAGCCAGUUAGAUGGCAGCUUGCUGAACGCAUCCUGAGGCACACAUUCACAGGCGCAGAGGGCUGCUCGCUUACGGAUCACUGCCCCAAUUGACAGCUAAAGAAGACCCUCGGAUGCGAUUUCAUCGUGGCAGCUGCGGUGAAGCUAAAAGAUCUGUCCAUUCUGGAGUUGUCAUGAUGCCACUGUGGGAGGAAUAAUUUUUGUCUCAUUCCGAUUUCCUGGAUGGGCUUUUGGGAGUCUACUUGUUUCUUUUGUGACAAUUGCAAAACUGGAAGAAAGAAACGAGAACAUUGAAAAAUUAUUUGCUGUUGAGGGAGUGGGGUCUUGACCAAAAAGCACAGGCACACAGAGUUACCUCGUGCUGCUGGAACACCAAGCUUCCUGUCUGUGUAGUGCUUCUUUUCCUCUUUUCCUGCUAUCUCAUCGUUUUGGAUGAUUGAGCACAAGGGCCACUUUGAAGGAGCCCACCGGUGGCUGUGGCCUGGCUUGAGCCGACGGACUUCUUGCCAGGUCUCUUAAUUCACGUCAUUUGGUGCCACUGCCAUGAAUGGCGCCUGGAGGACACAACCGUGAGGAACUGAACCCGUGGAAUUGAUGCUGAUUGUGUUCCUGAUUUUUUUUUGCCCGCAGCGGCGUUGUUCCCUAUCUUAAGCCAUAUUUUUCUUUGUUGGGGAAAUAAGAGACUGGAGUUACUUUACAAUCUGGAGAGAAGGAUGAAGCUAAGAAAGCAGGUGACUGUGUGUGGUGGGGCCAUCUUCUGUGUCGCUGUAUUCUCACUCUAUCUCAUGUUGGACCGUGUCCAGCAUGACCCUGGAAGGCGACAAAAUGGUGGAAACUUUCCACGGAGCCAAAUUUCCGUCCUGCAGAAUCGGAUAGAGCAGCUGGAACAGCUCCUGGAGGAAAACCACCAAAUCAUCAGCCACAUAAAAGACUCUGUCAUGGAGCUCACAGACACAGGAGCAGUGUCUCCCAGCGGCCACCUGCCCUUCAGGAGCGUCAAUGGCUCCUGGGUGCUUCCCUUUGAUGGCCACCCCACUUUUCUUGCUGUGAAGCCCCAGGACUGCCAGUUUGCUGCGGGCAGUCACAGUCAGGCAGACGUUCAGAUGUUGGAUGUAUACUCCCUCCUGAAGUUUGACAACCCAGAUGGUGGUGUUUGGAAACAGGGCUUUGACAUCACCUAUGAUGCGGACGAGUGGGACAAAGAUCCCCUGCAAGUGUUUGUGGUCCCACACUCACACAAUGAUCCAGGUUGGAUUAAGACGUUCGACAAGUACUUCACAGACCAGACGCAGCAGAUUUUAAACAACAUGGUGGUAAAGCUGGCAGAGGAUCCUCGCAGGAAGUUUAUCUGGUCUGAGAUUUCCUUCUUCUCAAAGUGGUGGGAGAGCGCGGACGCUCAAAAGCAGGAGGCUGCACGCAAACUGAUCCUUGGAGGACAGCUUGAGAUUGUGACAGGAGGCUGGGUGAUGACUGAUGAAGCUAAUGUUCACUACUUCGCCAUGAUUGACCAGCUGAUUGAAGGACACCAGUGGCUUGAAAGAAACAUAGGUAUAGCGCCACGGAGUGGGUGGGCAAUAGAUCCUUUUGGUCACAGCUCGACUAUGGCCUAUUUGCUGAAGAAGGCCAACCUGACCAGCAUGCUAAUCCAGAGGGUCCACUACUCGGUCAAAAAGCAUUUUGCUGCCACUCGAAAUCUGGAGUUUAUGUGGCGGCAGGACUGGGACAAAGGAUCCAGUUCAGACAUCUUCUGCCACAUGAUGCCCUUCUACAGCUAUGACGUACCUCACACCUGCGGGCCCGACCCAAAGAUCUGCUGCCAGUUUGACUUCAAAAGGCUACCAGGAGGACGGAUCAACUGUCCUUGGAAAAUUCCACCCAAGACUGUGGUGGAGGCAAAUGUAGCGGAGAGGGCACAGUUGAUCCUCGAUCAAUACCGAAAGAAGUCCAAACUCUAUCGUAGCAAGGUUCUGCUCAUCCCUCUAGGGGAUGACUUCCGCUACGACAAGGCCUUGGAGUGGGACCAGCAGUACAUCAACUACCAAAAGCUCUUUGACUAUAUGAAUUCUCACCCUGAGAUGCAUGUCAAGGUUCAGUUUGGAACUCUGACAGACUACUUCAGUGCUCUCUACAAAUCCUAUUCAGUGGCCCAUGGAUCACGACCUCCAGACUUUCCAGUGCUCAGUGGAGAUUUCUUUGCCUAUGCCGACCGCGAAGACCAUUACUGGACUGGCUAUUUUACAUCCCGCCCUUUUUAUAAGAGCUUGGACCGUGUGAUUGAGUCACACCUCAGGGGUGCAGAGAUCCUUUAUAGCUUGGCGGUUGCCAAUGCUCGACACAUGAGCAUGGAGGGACGCUACCCAGUCUCGGAUUAUGCUCUGUUGGUGGAUGCCAGACGUUCUGUGGGGCUCUUCCAGCAUCAUGAUGCCAUCACCGGUACUGCGAAGGAGAAUGUUGUCAUUGACUAUGGAACCAGAUUGCUGCGUUCACUCAUCGGCCUGAAGAGAGUAAUCAUCAAUGCCGCUCAUUUCCUGGUAAUGAAGAACAAAGAGUUUUAUCGCUUCUACCAGACGGAGCCUUUCUUGGAGACUGAUGAUAGACGUGCAACUCAAGACUCUUUACCUGAACGCACUUUAAUUGAGCUGGACCCAGCCGGGCCGAGGUGCCUGGUGCUGUUCAAUCCACUCGAGCAGGAGCGGCUGUGUGCAGUGACCGUGUUGGUCAACACCGUCAAGGUGAGGGUGCUCACGGAAGAUGGACAGACUCUCCCUGUGCAGUUAAACGCUCAGUGGAGCUCGGCGACUCAAAUGAGUUCAGAGGUGUUUGAGGCCACAUUCAUGGUGCGCCUGCCACCGCUGGGUCUCGCCAUCUUCCAUCUUUAUGAUUCUCCAAGCUCGCCCAUGACGCUGCGCUCAGACACAGUCCUCCGACUGCCGGGAAAUUCACUGCCUGCCCGUGCCUCGGACCCACUUCCUGUUCGGUCUCAGCAUGCUGACCCUCAGACCUUUUAUGUUACCAGCCAGUUUUUGACGCUGGGCUUCUCCGGCACUACGGGCCUGCUGGAGAGUAUCAAACGGAAAGAUGAUCCUCAGGAAGUGAAGGUCCAGAUGCAUUUCAUGGUGUAUGGGACUCGCAUCUCCAAGGACAAAAGUGGUGCUUAUCUUUUCCUCCCUGAUGGGAAAGCAACGCCGUACGACCACAAAGAACUGCCUGCAGUGCGCGUCGUCGAGGGACCUCUCUUCUCUGAAGUGGUGGCAUACUACCAACAUUUUCAGCAGGCCGUUCGCAUCAACAACGUGCCAGGUAUGGAUGGCCUGUCUUUGGACAUCACCACCUCCGUGGACAUCAGAGAUCAGACUAAUACAGAGUUGGCCAUGCGACUGGUCACAGACAUACAGAAUGGAGAUGUCUUCUACACAGACCUCAAUGGCUUCCAGAUGCAGCUUCGUCGCCGACACCUGAAGCUUCCCUUACAAGCUAACUUCUACCCAAUGCCCAGCCAAGCGUACAUCCAGGACAGCAAUCACAGACUGACACUACACACAGCUCAGUCCCUGGGUGUCACCAGCCUGGAGAAUGGCCAACUCGAAGUGAUUUUGGACCGCCGACUGAUGCAGGAUGAUAAUCGUGGACUGGGUCAAGGUCUCAAGGACAACAAAAGGACAGUCAACCGCUUUCGACUGCUCCUGGAGAGAAGGUCCACAGGCAACAAGCCUGAUGGCUUCUUAGCCAAAUUCUUCUCCUUGUUUCACUCUCUCCUCUCCAAAAUGUUGAGUGACAGAGUUCAAGAGAUGACAGACAGCCACACAACGAGCUUCCCCUCCGUGCUCAGUCACAUGACCAACGGCAUUCUGAAUCACAACGUUCUGGCACUGCCCGUCUUGCCCAAAAGGCGUGGCAUCCCUCCUCUGCAAACCUUCGCGCCGCUCAAGUCCACCCUUCCCUGCGACUUCCACCUGCUCAACCUGCGCAGCAUCCAAAGCCAACAGGACCCCAACGCUCCGUCACCGUACACAGCUUUAAUUCUUCACCGUUUCGGCCUUGACUGUAGUUUGGACGCUCCCAACCUGGGCUUUAACUGCACCACCACCCAAGGACAGCUCAACAUUUCCAGCCUCUUUAAAAACGUGGACGUGCAGCUGCUCCAGCCUACAUCUUUGACCUUAAUGUAUUCUAGUCCACCACUGGCCAACCACUCCGCAGUCAGUCUCGAUCCAAUGGAGAUCUCCGCCUUUAAGCUCAAGCUGCACUAGGAGCCACCCUACACCCAACGGGCUCGGACCCUUCGGACCGAGAACUGAGCCUCGGCCGGCUGUGGACCGGCCAUAGAAGGGGGCCUGGGAUACUUGGCUUUGUCAAACACAUGUUGAACCACAGACAAGUCGGAUGACCCUUAUCAACUGCAGCGUGGGAGCUGAUUGCUGUUUAGGCCGUCAGGAAACAGAACAUGUGACUGGGUGUUGCUGCGCAAGAAUGUUUUCUAUCCUGGAACUGAACUACUGAAUGUAAAUAUCCCAAUGAUGUGUGGCUGGAAGGGUGGCAGCGGGAGCACAUCGCAGUGCAAUUGACAAAGCUUUAUUUCUUUUAUGGACUUUUUAUGUUUACUUUUUAAUUUUUCUAUAUGCACAAUCAGUUUUCUUUUGAUAUCAUUUCAAUUUAAUGUCACCUUUCUUUUUAUUUGGGCUCAACGCAGCAAAGAGAAUGUGUGACAUGGACAUUUGGUCUCAUCUCACUGCCGCGACAAUGUGAUCAUGACUCGUUCGAGAGCUCCGUAGUCACCGUCACUGUUUGGGUCCUUCACUCUGUCAUCAUCAGCCUCUGGAGCUUCCUCUUCACGGAAGAACAUUUAUCU